AUGUGCUUCUGCCAGCCUGAGCAUUCUUUUGGUGGCUCUUCAAUAGAAACGGGACCUGCUCAUUUGGAGUCUGGAUCAGCAAUGGCUGCAAACUGGAGCAUAGGCUUUGAAUCAUUCAUUGAAGACUAUUCUGAUGUUGGCUCCAAUGACAGCUGUCUGUUGCAAGAGCUGCCAUAUGCUCAUAUCUUUAUGCCCACCCUGAAUUUCAUUACUUUCUUCACUGGUUUCUUCGGUAACCUGUAUGUGAUCCUGCUGAUGGCACGAAAACAAGGCAGCAAGAGGCUCGUGGACACGUUUGUCCUCAACUUGGCUGUGGCUGACCUAGUCUUUGUGUGUACUUUGCCCUUCUGGGCUCUGUCAGUUGCUCUUGGUUACUGGUGCUUUGGGGAAGUGAUGUGCAAGCUCAGCAGUUAUACCAUCUCUGUGAACCGUUGCUCUAGCAUUCUGUUCCUGAUGGGCAUGAGCGUGGAACGCUUCCUUGUGGUGACGAAGCACUGGGAUUCCAGGUCCAUGGGAACCAAGAAGAGCAUCGGCGUGAGCUGUGGCUGCAUCUGGGUGGUCUCCCUUCUGCUGGGAAUUCCAUCUCUGGUAUACAGAAAGUUGAUCCCCAUCACAGACACCAGCAAGUCUUUGUGCCAAGAUGAAUCGUCUUCCCCCACUUUCAGUUUGGUCUUGCUCAUCGUGACCUUUCUGCUGCCCUUGGGAGUGAUCUUGUUCUGCUAUUGCUCUAUCUUCUCCAAGCUUCGUGGUCAUGCCAGCCGAGGCAAAAGGAGAAGCAAUGCCCUUAAAAUCAUCUUUGCUAUCAUUGGAGCAUUCAUCUGUUUUUGGCUACCAUUCAACACCUUCAACACAUUUCUCAUCUUCGCUGUGUCCCAGCACAUGGAUCUUUCUUGCCCAGCACAGAUGGCUCUCAGGUGGGGCCUGACCAUCAGUGCUUGCCUGGCCUUCACAAACAGCUGCAUUAACCCUAUCAUCUAUGUCUUUAUGGACCAGCAUUUUCGACAGCAGGCUCUGAAGAACUGCCCUAUUUUUUGCAGCAAAGGGAGUAAAAUGCAAAACUCAGCCCUGUCUUUUUCUUCUACAGAGUCAAGUCUCCUAUUUGCCAACAAGAAGAAGUUCACCUCAGCCACCUCCACUCAGUUGGAAGACAUGAAAGGCACAGGAAGAGGUGUAUGAACUACCACAGGGUUUUAUUGUGGAUAAUAUGUGAUA